AUGAAAAGUUUAGAAUUUUACAACUGGUGGUUAAAUGUAAACUUACACAGCACCAAUCUCUUAAGAGAACAAGAUUUAAAAUGUAAGAUACUCGCGAAUGAAAAAAAAAAUUUAUUGGUUGACUAUAGUGACAGUGAUGAUGAUGAUGAAAAUGAAUGUUCUCAGAAAAUUAAAAACGAACAAAAUACACUAGGUUUUAAAGAUGAACCAAAGAAUGAAAUUAUUUCAAAUAAAAUUUUAAUUAAUAUUAUAGAAUUAGAAUCAAAAGAUUAUGGAUUGUUUAUAUGGGAUUCCAGUAUUGUAUUAUCAUGGUAUUUAUAUAGUCGCUGUUUUAUAAAAGGUUAUAAUAAAAAUUAUUGGAAUGAUAAAAUAUGCUUAGAAAUUAGCGCAGGCGUUUCUUUACCAUCAAUUUUAUUAUGUAAAUUGGGUGGUAAAGUUUUAAUAACUGAUAGGUCAAAUAAUUUCGAUCAAAUAAAAUUAAAUAUUUUAAAUAAUUUAAUAUUAAAUAAAAUAAUAAUUAAUAAUAAUAAUAAUAAUAAUAAUAAUAAUAAUAAUAAUAAUAAUAAUAAUGGUUUUACAAAAUAUGAUAAUAUUAGAAAUUGCCCAGUAAUUAAAGAUUUAUCGUGGGGAAAUUUUAAUAAUAUACAAAAUGAUAAAAAUUUUAGUUUUAUUGAUUAUAUAGUUAUUUCAGAUUGUUUUUAUGAUAAUACAAAAGAUUAUGAUGAUAUAUUUUCAACUUUUUUUUAUUUUUUGAUGAAAAAUAAAAAAUUAAAAAUUCUUAUUUCAUAUCAAGUUAGAUGUAAUGAAAAGACAAUCUCAAGUUACUUAUCUAAAUGGAGGUUUAAAUGUAAAAUAAUAGAUUUAAAAGAGGUAGUUCCUUAUCAAGAUAUAUCAACAGAAAUUAUUUUAUUGAAAUUAUCACUUUAA